GUCUUGGAAUGAAUGAUCGUCGGAACGGAGCUUGAUCAAACCACUCAGCAGUAGGCGUCGCCCACUUUCUUAUUGGUUGGUUUUGGUUCUCAAGAGUAGGAAAGUUACGUAGUCCGCGAGGGGUCUGCGGGCUUUGCGGAGCCUCGCCCCCGAGCGCGCGGUUUCCCUGCCGCGCAGGCGCACGGAAUCCUAGGCGCGGAUCUCGCGUUUCCGGCCGGAAGGCUUCUCCAGCCUUUCCCGGAAGCUGCGCGCGCUACCCGGGUAACGGGUCCCGGCUGUGGAAGCUCCCGCGGCGCCGCGAUGGACCUCGAGGAGGCGGAAGAGUUUAAAGAACGCUGUGCUCAGUGUGCUGCUGUCUCAUGGGGUCUUACUGAUGAAGGCAAAUAUUAUUGCACUUCUUGCCACAAUGUUACAGAGAGAUAUCAGGAAGUUACAAACACUGAUCUUAUUCCUAAUACCCAAAUAAAAGCCCUCAACCGGGGGCUUAAAAAAAAAAACAAUACUGAAAAAGGCUGGGAUUGGUAUGUGUGUGAAGGUUUCCAGUACAUUCUUUAUCAACAAGCAGAAGCCUUAAAGAACCUUGGAGUAGGCCCAGAGUUAAAGAACAAUGUUUUACAUAAUUUUUGGAAGCGCUACCUUCAGAAGAGCAAGCAGGCAUAUUGUAAGAACCCAGUUUAUACCACUGGAAGGAAACCUACGGUAUUAGAAGAUAAUCUAAGUCAUUCAGACUGGGCUAGUGAGCCUGAGCUGCUAAGUGAUGUCAGCUGUCCUCCUUUUCUUGAAAGUGGAGCGGAGUCUCAGUCUGACAUCCACACUCGAAAACCUUUCCCCGUCAGCAAAGCAUCACAAUCAGAAACGUCUGUCUGCUCUGGAUCUCUGGAUGGAGUUGAAUACUCACAACGAAAGGAGAAGGGAAUCGUGAAGAUGACCGUGCCACAGACACUUGCCUUCUGUUAUCUGUCCUUACUUUGGCAGAGAGAAGCAAUAACACUUUCAGAUCUUUUGAGGUUUGUUGAAGAGGACCAUAUUCCUUACAUAAAUGCUUUUCAGCAUUUUCCAGAACAGAUGAAAUUAUAUGGACGUGACAGAGGAAUCUUUGGUAUAGAGUCUUGGCCUGACUAUGAGGAUAUCUAUAAAAAAACAAUAGAAGUUGGCACAUUUUUAGAUUUGCCUCGUUUUCCAGACAUAACUAAAGACUGCUAUCUUCAUCCCAACAUACUGUGUAUGAAAUACUUGAUGGAAGUCAACCUCCCUGAUGAAAUGCAUAGCUUAACUUGCCAUGUGGUAAAAAUGACUGGAAUGGGAGAAGUGGAUUUUCUGACAUUUGAUCCUAUAGCUAAAAUGGCAAAAACUGUUAAGUACGACGUACAAGCUGUAGCUAUCAUUGUGGUGGUAUUGAAACUGCUCUUUCUAUUGGAUGACAGUUUCGAGUGGUCUUUGUCUAAUCUUGCUGAAAAGCAUAAUGAAAAGAACAAAAAAGAUAAGCCGUGGUUUGAUUUCAGAAAGUGGUACCAAAUUAUGAAGAAAGCUUUUGAUGAGAAAAAACAAAAAUGGGAAGAAGCAAGGGCCAAGUACCUGUGGAAAAGUGAAAAGCCACUCUACUACUCAUUUGUCGACAAACCAGUAGCAUAUAAAAAAAGAGAAAUGGUGGUGAAUCUACAGAAACAAUUUAGCACACUGGUUGAGUCAACAGCAACUGCUGGAAAAAAAAGCCCUUCAAGUUUUCAGUUCAACUGGACUGAAGAAGACACUGAUAGAACGUGUUUCCAUGGACACAGCCUUCAGGGAGUCCUGAAAGAGAAAGGCCAAUCACUGCUGACUAAGAAUUCAUUAUAUUGGCUUAGUACACAGAAAUUCUGCAGAUGCUAUUGUACACAUGUGACAACCUAUGAAGAAUCAAAUUAUUCUCUGAGUUAUCAGUUUAUACUAAAUCUCUUCUCCUUCCUGCUCAGAAUAAAGACUUCCCUUCUCCAUGAAGAAGUGAGCUUAGUUGAGAAGAAACUUUUUGAGAAAAAAUACAGUGUAAAAAGAAAGAAAUCAAGAUCCAAGAAAGUGAGACGACAUUGAGAAAAUGAAAUAGAAACUUUCUGGAAAAAUAUUUUAAUAGUGAUAGUAACAUCAGAUUUUAAUUAUAACAUUCCAGAGAAUUGUGGAAAAUACUGCAUAUAUAUGUAUAGACUCUGACACAUAUUUACAUAUAUAUCAAGUGUGCUUAGAAAAAUGUAUAUUGUAAAGCAGGUGAGCUUCAUUUGAUUUUAUUUUUCAGAGUAUGAACAUUCUAAGAGAAAGUUAAAACAAUAGCAAAUUGUAUAAUUGUAUCCAGAAAUGUAUACUCAUCGUAUUUUAAAGCUAAAUUUAUUUUUUAAACUAGAUCCCUUCAUUAUUCUUUAUGCCCCAGAGUAAAUCCCAGAUGGAUCAAAGAUCUAAACAUCAUCUUUCAUAUGUAAAAAUAUAAAAGUAUUAGUAGAAAACAAA